CCAUUUCGAUUACGUCACAUAUACAAACACACACGGAUUGUGUCUAUCAGCUUCCUGGUUAUGGCACUAUUAACUCAGUUAACGCGAACUCCGGCUUUCAGUCUCCGCCGGUUCGACCAGCUUUUCACUCCCUUUCUAAGUUACUCGGUACCGGACCUUGAACGAACCAUGGCCUCAGUCGCAGCCCGGGAAACGGCCGACAGCAGCCGCUUCGACUUUCUGGUGAUUGGCGGUGGGUCUGGAGGUCUGGCCGGAGCUCGGAGAGCAGCCGAGCUGGGAGCGAAGACUGCCGUGAUAGAGGGUCACAGACUGGGAGGAACCUGUGUCAACGUCGGCUGUGUUCCCAAGAAGGUGAUGUGGAAUGCAGCAGUUCAUGCAGAAUAUCUCCACGACCACAGUGAUUAUGGCUUUGACGUUGAAAACGUUCGUUUCAGUUGGGAGAGCCUUAAAGCUAAAAGAGACGCUUACGUUAGUCGGCUAAAUGGCAUUUAUCGCAACAAUCUCGACAAGGCCAAAAUCCAAUUUAUUCAAGGUGUGGCCCGGUUCACAAAUGACACAGAACCGACUGUGGAGGUCGAAGGUCGAAAGUAUACGGCGCCACACAUCCUUAUAGCCACCGGAGGGCAGCCUUUGGUAAUGAGUGAUGAUGAUGUUCCAGGAGCAAGUCUCGGGAUUACCAGUGAUGGAUUUUUUGAGCUUAAAUCUCUGCCAAAACGCAGCAUAAUUGUUGGAGCUGGUUAUAUCGCCGUGGAGAUGGCAGGCAUCUUAUCAACACUGGGCUCCAAAACAUCCCUCAUUAUCAGACAAACAGAAGUGCUGAGAAAUUUCGACAGCAUGAUCAGCACAAACUGCACCAAAGAGCUGCAAAACUCUGGUGUUGAUCUGUGGAAGAACUCGCAGGUUAAGUCUGUGACUAAAACAGACAAGGGUCUAGAGGUGACUCUCAUCACCAAAGACCCAGAGAAGAACGAAGAAGGUAAAAUCAGCACCAUCCAGGAAGUGGACUGUCUACUGUGGGCCAUUGGCAGGAAGCCAAACACUGAUGCACUCAACAUCAGCAAAACGGGUGUGGAUUUAGAUGGACAAGGUCACAUUAUGGUGGAUGAGUUUCAGAACACUAAUCGAAAGGGAAUCUACGCCUUAGGAGACGUUUGUGGACGAGCGCUUCUCACACCUGUGGCCAUAGCUGCAGGCAGAAAAUUGGCCCACAGACUCUUUGAGGGCAAAGAGGACUCCAAGAUGGACUACUCCAAUAUCCCCACAGUGGUGUUCAGCCACCCACCCAUUGGUACAGUGGGUCUGACCGAAGACGAGGCCAUUAAAGCCUGGGGCAAAGAGAAUGUGAAAAUCUACAAGACGUCCUUCACUCCAAUGUACCACGCCAUAACAAGCAGGAAGAGUCUGUGUCUCAUGAAGCUGGUGUGUGCCGGCAAAGAGGAGAAGGUUGUGGGUCUGCACAUGCAGGGUCUGGGCUGCGAUGAGAUGCUGCAGGGCUUUUCUGUGGCUAUCAAAAUGGGUGCUACUAAAGCUGACUUUGACAAGACUGUUGCUAUUCACCCCACCUCGUCUGAGGAGUUUGUCACUAUGCGCUGAUUUAAAAAAAAAAAAAAACGUCAUUCAGAAAAAGAAGGACUGGACCAACAUUUCUUGCAGCUCUUGAAACAAUAAGAAUUCUUAGAAAUAUAUAAAUGUUUGUUUUUCUCGGAUUUAAAUUUAUUCGUGUACUGUACUUUUUUUGACUGCACUGUACUGUUCUAAUAUUUAAAAUGGAUCUUGUGACAUUUUCAACUCUACCAGACCCCUUUAAAAAGAGGGAACAUGGAGCUAAUUAUUACUGAAAUGAUUUGUUAGUUUUAUUAGAUAAAUUAGAAAUUUGUAUAAAAAGCACUAUUUUUCUACCAUAAGAUCUGGUGCCAGGAACUUGGAAAAUGUCCAAGGAACUGUGUGCUUUUCUAUGAAAUAAGGACUAUGAAAUAAGGACUGUAAGUACUUGUUAGGAGUCCCUCUUUGUUAUCCACAGUACGACUAUCAGGGAGUGCAGAAACAAUUGAGGUCGAGUUCUUCUUCUCUUACUUCUUCGUGUUCUUCACAUGCUUUUAUCAUCAGCAACAGUUAUUGUGACAUAACACAUUAUAUUUUACAACGCACCAAAUGGGUCUCCUUACUAAAAAGAUAUAAAUUAAUGUUAUACAGAUUUAAUAAAGCACUUUUCUUACA